UCCACGCUCAGGCCCGGUCCCCAGCUCCGAGGGCGGCUGCCCGGGUCGCGGUCGCGGUUCCUUCCAGCUCCUGGCAGCCGGGCACCCGAAGGAACGGGUCGUUCAACGACACAGCUGGACCUGGCCCAGCCAUGGACCGAAAAGUGGCCCGAGAAUUCCGGCAUAAGGUGGAUUUUCUGAUUGAAAAUGAUGCAGAGAAGGACUAUCUCUAUGAUGUGCUGCGAAUGUACCACCAGACCAUGGACGUGGCCGUGCUCGUGGGAGACCUGAAGCUGGUCAUCAACGAACCCAGCCGCCUGCCUCUGUUUGAUGCCAUUCGGCCCCUGAUCCCACUGAAGCACCAGGUGGAAUAUGAUCAGCUGACCCCCCGGCGCUCCAGGAAGCUGAAGGAGGUGCGUCUGGACCGUCUGCACCCCGAAGGCCUCGGCUUGAGCGUGCGCGGUGGCCUGGAGUUUGGCUGUGGGCUCUUCAUCUCCCACCUCAUCAAAGGUGGUCAGGCAGACAGUGUUGGGCUCCAGGUAGGGGACGAGAUCGUCCGGAUCAAUGGAUAUUCCAUCUCCUGCUGUACCCAUGAGGAGGUCAUCAACCUCAUCCGAACCAAGAAAACUGUGUCCAUCAAAGUGAGACACAUUGGCCUGAUCCCCGUGAAGAGCUCUCCUGAUGAGCCCCUCAAGUGGCAGUAUGUGGAUCAGUUUGUGUCAGAAUCUGGGGGGGGGCGAGGCAGCCUGGGCUCCCCCGGAAAUCGGGAAAACAAGGAGAAGAAGGUCUUCAUCAGCCUGGUGGGCUCCCGGGGCCUUGGCUGCAGCAUUUCCAGCGGCCCCAUCCAGAAGCCUGGCAUCUUCAUCAGCCACGUGAAACCUGGCUCCCUGUCUGCUGAGGUGGGAUUGGAGACAGGGGACCAGAUUGUCGAAGUCAAUGGCAUCGACUUCUCUAACCUGGACCACAAGGAGGCUGUGAACGUGCUGAAGAGUAGCCGCAGCCUGACCAUCUCCAUCGUAGCUGGAGCUGGCCGGGAGCUGUUCAUGACAGACCGGGAGCGGCUGGCAGAGGCGCGGCAGCGUGAGCUGCAGCGGCAGGAGCUUCUCAUGCAGAAGCGGCUGGCGAUGGAGUCCAACAAGAUCCUCCUGGAGCAGCAGGAGAUGGAGCGGCAAAGGAGAAAAGAAAUUGCCCAGAAGGCAGCAGAGGAAAAUGAGAGAUACCGGAAGGAGAUGGAACAGAUUGUGGAGGAGGAAGAGAAGUUUAAGAAGCAGUGGGAAGAAGACUGGGGCUCAAAGGAACAGCUACUCUUGCCUAAAACCAUCACUGCUGAGGUGCACCCAGUACCCCUUCGCAAGCCAAAGUAUCAGGGAGUGGAGCCUGAGCUCGAGCCCACAGAUGACCCGGAUGGAGGCACGGAGGAGCAGGGAGAGCAGAAAGGAAAAGAUAAGAAGAAAGCCAAGUAUGACAGCCUGCAGGACUUGAGAAAGAAUAAGAAAGAACUGGAGUUUGAGCAAAAGCUUUACAAAGAGAAAGAGGAAAUGCUGGAGAAGGAAAAGCAGCUAAAGAUCAACCGGCUGGCCCAGGAGGUGUCUGAGACAGAGCGGGAAGACCUUGAAGAAUCGGAAAAGAUUCAAUAUUGGGUGGAGAGGCUCUGUCAAACGCGCCUCGAGCAGAUUUCCUCUGCUGAUAAUGAGAUUUCAGAGAUGACCACAGGGCCCCCACCUCCUCUGCCUUCUGUGUCUCCCCUGGCCCCACCCUUGAGACGCUUCGCAGGCGGACUGCACCUGCACACCACUGACUUGGACGACAUCCCUUUGGACAUGUUCUACUAUCCCCCCAAGACUCCCUCUGCCUUGCCUGUGAUGCCCCACCCUCCACCCUCCAACCCACCCCACAAGGUCCCAGCGCCCCCUGUCCUUCCCUCAUCUGGCCAUGUGAGUGCCUCAUCCUCCCCAUGGGUGCAGCGCACUCCACCCCCCAUUCCCAUCCCUCCCCCUCCAUCCAUUCCCACCCAAGACCUCACUCCCACCCGCCCACUGCCCUCGGCACUGGAAGAAGCAUUGGGCAACCACCCCUUCCGCACUGGGGACACAGGCAAUCCAGUGGAGGACUGGGAGGCAAAGAACCACAGUGGGAAGCCCACCAACUCCCCUGUCCCUGAACGGAGCUUCCCACCCACCCCAAAGACAUUUUGCCCAAGCCCACAGCCUCCACGAGGCCCUGGCGUGUCCACCAUCUCCAAACCUGUCAUGGUCCACCAGGAGCCUAAUUUCAUCUACAGGCCAGCUGUGAAAUCUGAAGUUCUGCCACAGGAGAUGUUGAAGAGGAUGGUGGUUUAUCAGACAGCAUUCAGACAAGAUUUUCGGAAAUAUGAGGAAGGCUUCGACCCCUACUCCGUGUUCACCCCAGAGCAGAUCAUGGGGAAGGACGUCCGGCUCCUACGCAUUAAGAAGGAGGGAUCCUUAGACCUGGCCCUGGAAGGCGGUGUGGACUCCCCCAUUGGGAAGGUGGUUGUUUCUGCUGUGUACGAGGGGGGAGCUGCUGAGCAGCAUGGUGGCAUUGUGAAAGGGGACGAGAUCAUGGCAGUCAACGGCAAGACUGUGACAGACUACACCCUGGCGGAGGCUGAGGCUGCCCUGCAGAAGGCCUGGAAUCAGGGUGGGGACUGGAUCGACCUUGUGGUUGCUGUCUGCCCCCCAAAGGAGUAUGAUGAUGAGCUUGCUUCUCUUCCCUCCUCCGCAGCAGAAAGCCCCCAGCCGGUCCGAAAGCUCCUUGAAGACCGUGCUGCCGUGCACAGACACGGGUUCCUCCUGCAGCUGGAGCCCACGGUGAAUAGGCAGGCGGGCCAGAGGGCCCUGUCUGUCCCUGCUGUGUGCAGUGGCCAUCUGCUGCCCAUGCUGUCAGCAGGUUCUUUGGACUGGCGUCUGGAGAGUACACAAGGCGUCAUCCCUGAAGUCCUGCCCAGGGUCUGCUGUUGGCCACAGGGGAAUUCCUCAGACUCAAAGCCCUCCCCUCGGGGAAGUGCUACAGAGCCCAGUCUGUAGUACUUGCUUGGGACCCAGGUGUCCUGACUCAUCACGGCCCUGGGACCUGCUUUGGGUCCCAAGCAGCACCCAAAUGAGCAGGAUGAAGCCCUGGGCACCAUUCUCUGUGGGACACAGACAGUGCCUCGAACUAGGCAUGUGGGGCUGAAGGAACCCACAAGAAGCCUGGCUGGAAUUGCCCCCAAGAGAUGUCCUCAACAGAAUGUGAAAAUUCCCCUUCCUGUGAAUGCCAACCUGCUGGGAGCUCCUGCUCCACCCUGGCCCCUACACUUGGCCAGAACCAGGGCUAUUAAGAGGUUUUGAAGGCUGGUCCAAAGAACCAGGGUUGGUGGAUUAGAGUUGCUCAUGUCCUGUUGUGCCCUGUCAUGGCCUGAGCCGUGCUCAGAACAAACUGUCUUCUCUGCCUUUUCCCUUCCUUGGCUGUGGGCUCUAUCUGUGGGAUAUACCGUGGAGCCCAGAUGUGGGAUGUGUUUCUCACCCUGUGAUAGGGAUGUGCCCGUGGACAGAGCUGGCAGGUGGCUGUGAAACUGGUGUUUGGUGUGGCCUGAAGCCACAGAUGGCAGCAUCUGGGGCAGACCCAAGCCUGGACUUGACUUUUCUGUUACAACUUUCCCAAAACAUUAGGGCCUCAUGCUCCCAAGACAGUUGGCCAGCUAGACCAUGGCUUCUGCGGUGGCCCGCGUGGCCCUAUGUUUUCUGUCACUUGCCUUUUGCAAGGGACUCUUACCCCUGUUCCUCCUAGUCUCCUCCUCCCCCCAUCCCAGGGGUCCCUCCCGCUUUCUCCCUGGCCUCUUGUGUGCUGUGGCUGUGGCUGGUGUGUAGCCACUUGGGGCCUGCACCCAGAGGGGUCUCCAAAGGUUGGCAGAGCCUCAUGCUGCCAGGGUGGGUGCUCCCCGUUGUGGGGCCUUGCUCUGGCUGGGCCGAGUGUGCACCCACAAGGCCUUCACCCACCUGGGCUGUUUCUACUUCC